AUGGUAACUCUGAGCAGCCAGAACAGCGGAACUGAGCACACUCCCACUGGUACCCGCAGUACCGGUACUAGUAGUAGUAAGAUGGGUAUCAAUCAGGAGAUGAAGAUGAUGAACAAAGAAAGCUUUGAAGACGAUAGAGAGAGUCUUCACUCUGGUGUGUCCAGCAAUUAUCCCAACAAUGACACAAAUGGUACAAGCGACUUGUACACCGAACUGGAAGUUGCCAAGAAAGAAGAUAUUUGGGUAUUUUGGUUGCGUAUCUUGACCACGUUGGUGUUGCUCGCUGUUGCCGUGACUGUGUGUGUGGUGGUCUAUUUGGAAGGCAGAAAGAGUGAAACCAAGGCUUUUGAACAGGACUUCUCUGACUUGGGAGAAAAAAUGGUUCAAAGCUUUGAAGCCAAAGUGGAACAACGCUUGGGCGUUAUCGAGGCUUUUGCAGAGUCCGUCACCUCGGAUGCCAAUCACUCGUUCCCCUAUGUCACUCCUCCCAAUUAUGCAUUUCGAGCUGAAACCACAGCCAUUCUGGCACAACUUUUCUUUCUCAUUUUCAUUCCCAUUGUGCAAAAAGAGCAACUGGCAAUUUGGAAUCAAUAUGUACAACAAAACACACACUGGAGAGUCGAAGGAUGGGCACAAAUCGCAGGAGUCAACCCAGAAACAGUCAAUGAAACAGAAGUGGGAUUCAAACCCUUCCCUCCUCAGAUGAUGAACUUCCACAAUCCAAAUGGUCCCGGUCCUGUCCAAAAAAUAACACCCAAUCAAACACAAUUCUACCCAAUUUGGUGCGCUUGGCCUGUCAAUCCUGGAACUUUUGGCAAUGUGGACAUGUAUGGAGAUAAAGAACAUCAAGUCGCCAUUGACACCACUCUCAACACUGGAAAACCCACCUUCGAAAUCAGCUAUGACUACAUUGACAAGGAAAAAGAUGGAAGAUAUGGAAUGCUCAAGGCAAAUCCACAUGCCGAUUAUCAAGAUGAUCCUCAUGCUGUGGCUUUCUUCCCAAUCUUUGACAAGUUCUCCUACUACGAUGACUCAGACUCGGAUCCAGAACCACCAAAAGUCAGUGGUCUAUUCCUCGUCAUUGUCUAUUGGAGAACAAACUUUGACGACCUCCUCCCUCCAGGAGCUCAUGGCAUCUUUGUCAUUCUAGAGAACACUUGCGAUCAAGUCUACACCUAUCGCAUUGAUGGAACAUACUCACUCUUUGUGGGACACGGCGACCUACACGAUCCCAAGUACAGCUAUCUCGAAGCUGGAACCUCAAUCGGAAAUAUUAUCAACGCACAAGUCCUAGAUGACAACAAGAAUGGAUGUCACUACAGCAUCCGCGUAUACCCCUCACAAGACUUUGAAGACGACCAUCGAAGCAACAAGCCGUGGAUCUACGUACUUGUGCUGGCGUCGCUCUUUCUCUUUACGUCCGCUGUCUUUUUGAUCUAUGAUCACAUGGUCGAACAACGACAGAAAAUUGUACUCCAAUCGGCACAACAGUCAGGCAAGCUCGUCAAUACACUCUUUCCCGAAGACGUGAGGGAUCAACUCUAUCAAGAGCAGCAAGAGGAAGCCAACAAGAAACAGAAACAAAAGGGAUGGGAAAACAGCACCGUUCCAAACGAACCUGCCACAGAUGCUCUCGUUAAUCGUGCCUUGACCAUGGACAACAAUACGGAACAUGGAAAAAAGGCCAUUGCCAGUUUGUACCCUGAAAGCACCAUCUUCUUUGCGGAUCUAGUCGGGUUUACUUCCUGGUCCGCCAAGCGAACUCCCGUUGAGGUCUUCCAGUUGCUCGAAACGAUAUAUGAAGCGUUUGACAACAUUGCGCUCAAGCGUGACGUAUUCAAAGUGGAAACUAUUGGAGAUUGUUAUGUUGCCGCAACAGGUCUGCCACAGCCCCAGCCGGAUCAUGCAAUCAUAAUGUGUAAAUUUGCAACGGAUUGCAUGAACAAAAUGAAGGUGAUGAUGUCAUCUCUGGCCGACACAAUGGGAGAAGAUACUGCUGAUCUGGCCAUGCGCGUGGGGCUGCAUUCUGGACCAGUGACCGCCGGAGUUCUGAGGGGGCAGAAAUCUCGUUUUCAGCUUUUUGGUGACACGGUGAACACGGCGUCUCGAAUGGAAUCCAAUGGCCUACCGCAUCGCAUCCAUGUCUCGCAGGCAACAGCUGAUGCUCUUCGUGCCAAGGGCAAGAGAAUGUGGUUGACACCACGUCCAGACAAAGUCCAAGCAAAAGGCAAGGGGCUGUUGCAGACCUAUUUUGUAGACACAACAUCAAAGUCCAGGUCGGUUGUUUCAGGGUUGACGGUUGGAGACACAACGAUUGGUUCGGAUAUCGACAUGGACAAUGACUUGAGAGAUGUCAGUGGCAGCACUGAGAACGCUCCUCAGCACAGCGGUUUACCGGAUGACCUGGCAGGGUUCACAAUAGACGGUGCUGGAGCAGUGCUUGCCAACGAGAACAACAACCAUGAUGGUGAUAGUAUCAGUCAAGGUGAUGAAACACAAAGCACUGCUCCACAACGUGACGUUUUCACUGACGAGUUGGCGGGUAAUUCCAUCCAGACCGAGACCGAGGUGUGA